AGAGCAUAUACGGCGAGCGAGGGAGAGAGGGGGGCAAAGUGAGUGUCUCCUAUCACACUAGAGCUCAAACUAACGGGAUCUGCUUAUAUCCUCUACAUGCGCAGAGAUUCAAGAACCAGACAGGUGAAAGCGCGUGUCCGAUGUACUCAAGGAAAAAGAGAGCUAGCGCGAACUGAGAUUUUUUAAUUUUUUUGUUACUUUUCUGCUUUUGCUGAACUGUUUGACGGUGAUACUGUGACCUGUGUGGAGAUUUCUUUAAUUGCGAACGCGUAUUUAUUGUAGUGUUUUUAAAUCAGGUAUCCAGAGUUUGCCCAUGUGUUGGAGACAGAUUCGGAUUCACAUUAGUUUUUAUCUGGCAUCGGUUUGAACCCAGCGGCUGUGGACUGAUCAAGCUCAGACUGCCAACUGAUUUGAUAUCCUUGUAAAAUCUGCAGACGGGAACGCAUCUUCUCACUAGGACGCACAGCUGUGUUUCAGCACAGGAGAGGCUGAGGAAGGCGCGCGAGGAUGUUGAGAGUCUCUGAUGCUUUGGUCACUUUGGUGACUCUCUGCUGUGUGCUCAAAGGGACUGUCGGCGGAUAUGGAAUGAGCAUGUUCGCCGCUCAGACCUCCCCGCCGGAUCCGUGUUACGACGAGAACGGACACCCCAGAAGAUGCAUCCCCGACUUCGUAAACGCGGCGUUCGGGAAAGAAGUACGCGCGUCCAGCACCUGCGGCAAAACGCCGAGUCGUUACUGCGUGGUGACCGAGAAAGGGGACGAAAGACACAGAAACUGCCACACGUGCGACGCGUCAGACCCAAAGAAGAAUCACCCACCAGCUUACCUGACCGACCUGAACAAUCCUCACAAUCUCACCUGCUGGCAGUCGGACAAUUACCUCCAGUAUCCUCAAAACGUCACUUUAACUUUAUCCUUGGGCAAGAAAUUUGAGGUGACCUACGUGAGUUUGCAGUUCUGCUCACCUCGACCGGAGUCUAUGGCGAUCUUUAAAUCGAUGGACUACGGAAAGUCCUGGGUGCCUUUCCAGUACUACUCGACCCAGUGUAGAAAGAUGUACAACAAGCCCAGCAAAGCCACGAUUACUAAGCAGAACGAGCAAGAGGCCAUCUGCACAGAUUCUCACACCGACAUGCAUCCUCUCUCCGGCGGGCUGAUCGCGUUCAGCACCCUGGACGGGCGACCCUCCGCGCACGACUUUGACAAUUCACCCGUACUUCAGGACUGGGUGACCGCCACUGACAUUAAGGUGACUUUCAGCCGCCUGCACACUUUCGGAGACGAAAACGAGGAUGACUCGGAGCUGGCCAGAGAUUCCUAUUUUUACGCAGUUUCCGACCUGCAGGUUGGAGGCAGAUGUAAGUGUAAUGGACACGCAUCACGGUGCGUCAAAGACCGGGAUGGAAACCUAGUGUGCGAGUGCAAGCACAACACAGCCGGACCAGAGUGUGACAGAUGCAAACCUUUUCACUAUGACCGACCCUGGCAGCGCGCAACCGCCAGAGAAGCCAACGAAUGUGUCGCCUGCAAUUGUAACCUUCAUGCGAGGCGCUGUCGUUUCAACAUGGAGCUUUACAAACUCUCUGGAAGGAAAAGUGGAGGAGUCUGUCUGAACUGCCGCCACAAUACAGCUGGUCGCCACUGCCACUACUGCAAAGAGGGCUACUAUAGAGACAUGUCCAAGCCCAUCUCCCACAGAAAGGCCUGCAAAGCCUGUGAUUGCCAUCCUGUGGGGGCCGCGGGCAAAACCUGUAACCAAACCACAGGCCAAUGCCCCUGUAAAGACGGUGUGACGGGUAUCACAUGCAACCGUUGUGCUAACGGCUACCAGCAGAGCCGAUCACCCAUUGCCCCCUGCAUAAAAAUUCCCAUCGCUCCGCCAACCACCACUGCAAGCAGCACAGAAGAGCCAUCAGACUGUGAAUCCUACUGCAAGGCAUCCAAAGGCAAGCUGAAGAUCAAUAUGAAGAAGUACUGCAAGAAAGAUUAUGCCGUUCAAGUCCACAUCCUGAAAGCAGAUAAAGCAGGAGAGUGGUGGAAGUUCACCGUCAACAUCAUCUCUGUUUACAAACAGGGUGAAAGCCGAAUUCGCAGAGGAGACCAGUUCCUCUGGGUCAGGGCAAAGGAUGUGGCCUGCAAGUGUCCGAAGAUCAAGUCCGGCAAGAAAUACCUUCUGCUGGGGAACGACGAGGAUUCGCCAGGACAAAGCGGAAUGGUGGCGGACAAGGGCAGUCUGGUCAUUCAGUGGAGAGACACUUGGGCUCGGAGACUCCGGAAGUUUCAGCAAAGGGAGAAGAAAGGAAAAUGCAAGAAAGCAUAAUGAAGAGAAGAGGAAAGAGCUGACCAUUCAGAGCUGGACAGAAAAAACAACAGAUAAAGAUAAGAAAGAUAGACUGAGCAUCGCUGCUUUGAAUAAAGGCAUGAAGAGAAUAUUAACUUUUUUUUUUUGGUUUGUUUUUAAAUGGGAACGUGUGAAGGAGUUCAUGAUGCAGUUUUUCAUUUCUUUUUGGUUUCUUUCAAGAUUUGUUUGCUGUUUGCCAAUUUUGCACCUGUGUCCAAUAUAAAGAAAGGUAUUUUGUGUUAAAUGGCGUCACGUUUCAGAUACAUUUUGAACGGUGUUAGUCUGGUUGAGAAUCAGAUUAAGCCAUAUUUCAUUCAUUUCAGAAAGAAAAAGGAUAGAAUGCUGCAGCAGUGAUUGCAAAAAAAAUCCUGAAUACUUAUUUGAUGUUGAUUCCUUUGACAUUUUCCAAUCAAUUUAUGAGUAAAAUAAGGUGUGUGGCAAAAAUAUUAUGCAAUAAUACUUGGACAAAACUGCACACACUCUACAUUUUCAACUGCUUCAAAAUGUAUGGUUUUAGUAUGUAAAGUGUGUGUAAGGCUACUUUCAGACUACAUAGACCUUUAUUUUACGUUAUACUUUUUAAAAAUAUAUUUUUAAAUAAGGUUAACAGCACAAACCACAUUGAAUAUGAUAAUUUUACAAUUUGAUUUGAAACACUUCUAUACUGCUUGCGGUCAUAAAUCCGAUACAGGUCAGUUUUCUGACACAUGUCAAUAUUCGGAACUGGAAUUACUCCAAAGUUUUUUUUUUAAUUAUUUUAAUUUUUUUAUUAGACAUCUGUAAACUCUCUGGGCACUGGUGUACACAACAGACAGUUGCAAAAGCUGUCAAGUGAGAUAAAUACACUAUAAAAAUAGUGUAAAUAAUUAAAAACGUAUCUUUUAUCCUUAUUGUCAUCAUCAUUGUCUACACAUUUGCUGAUUUCACCUUAUAAACAAGCUUAUUAAUGCUGAUUUUACUGUGUACUUCUAUUUGGCAUUGUUCUGCUUGCAGUCCUUUUUGAUGUAUUCAUUAACAUGGGAACCUGAGUUUGGCACAAUUUGAAAAAAAAUGAUGUGAACAGCCAAAUAAGCAAAUAAGUAAAAAUACUCUGAAUUGUGAGCAAUAAUUCAAAUUUAUGCACCAGCACCUGCAGUGAAUGCAGUUUAAUUGAUGUAGUGAAACAAAGUAUCAUAGUAUCACCAUGUCACCCUAACCAAUUCUACUCAGGUUUUUAUUUUUGAAUUAGAAAAAACGCAUAUGAAAGUCUUGUGGAAAACAGUGGUGAAACAGUGGUCUUUCGGGAUUUAAUAUCACAGCUGCAGCACUCUAUUGAGGAUUAAUAUCUCAAAAAUCUGAAGAAAGAAAAAAAAAUGUCCUUAAAAUGUCCUUAAGCAUGUCUUUUUUAUUACAAAACACUUUCGUUAGUAAGCUUUAGCGUUUCAAAAAUUCAUAUGCUGUAACUGAUUGCGUAAUGGCAUCUGAGAUGUUCCUGAAUUCUGUUUCAGAUACAAAUUGUUAAUAUGGCUGAUAUCAAAACAAAUUAAGCAAAGUUUUUGGUCGAGGUUUGAAAAAAUAAAAACACUUUGUAACACUGCAUGAAAAACACAAUUCUAUGCCUAUAUUUGAGCAUAUUAUGUUUUAUAAUGAAUUCAUCCAGCAGCUGUUGCAAUUUCCAUGAGGUUGUGUGGCUUAUCAUAGAAUUCAGAUGCAAACAGAAUGAAAAGAAAAAAAGACAAAACGGAAAGGUUCGGGAACACUUUAUAAUAAAUACACACUAUGAACCAUUUAUUAAGCAUUAGCAAAUAGUGAAUUCAUUAUCUGCUAAGCAUUAACUUUACAUUAAUAAGCGUUAGUAAGCAGUUUAUAACUGCAGCUACAAAUGCUCUAUUCUUGACUUAUAACCACAUGCAUAAUGUGCUUAAUAAUUGAGUCUCCAUACUUUGUUAAGAAUUCAUUUUUCAUUAGUAAAUUAAAUAAUGCAUUAUUUACAAACUAGUUAUUUAAGCAUAGUUGGAUGUUUGUUUGUUUUUUAAGAUCAUUCAGAAUGCAUAAGUAAAUGAUUAAUAAACUAUUUAAUUUAACAUUUAUAUAUCUUAUUAUUCAGGCAUAUAUUAAUAGCUAAUUUGUAUGUUAUUAACCACUUUGUUAACUUAGUUUCAUCCAGGUUUGUGACCUAAUCUAAAGUGAGGACUAUGUAUGCUUUAUAAAUCCCUUACAAAUGACAAAUAAAGGCUCAGCUUUAUUCUAAACUAAAAACUGAAAAUAAACGACUGUUGUCAUUUCUAUCCAUUUAAAGAUACACUAAUGAAACUGUAUCAAAUGAAAAAUAAAUAAAUGCAACCUUAUCUAAAGUAACAUUACUGUACAGUUUAAACAUCGCUAAAUAACAUUGAAAUGUUGCAUCACAAGUAUAUUGUUAAAUUAUUAUAUUGUUAUUGCUGUUAUUUAAUCUAAAUAUGUUGUAUUUUGAUACUUGUUAUUCAGCAAUGUUUAAACUUUACAGUAAUUUUACUUUUUUUAGAUAGGAUCGCAAAAAUGUAUUUUUCAUUUGUUACGGAGUCUUUAAUUGUCAUUUAUAAGGGAUUUAUAAAGCAAAAAUAGUCCUCACUUUAGAUUGGGUCGCAAAACUGCAUGAAGUUAACAUUUAUUAACAUACAUAGUAACCAUUACUAUAUGCCUGAAUAAUAAGAUAAACCUAUAUUUUAAUAGUUUAUUAAUAAUUUACUAACUCAUUCUGAAUGAUCCUAAAAAAACAUCAACUACUCUUAAUUAGAAAUGGGUUGUAAAUAAUGUGAUACUUCAUUUAGUAGAAGGAUCAAUCAGUCACAAAUCAUGAAAACAUAAUUUUUAAGCACAUUGGAAAUCUGCUUAAGUCAAGAAUAGAGCAUUUGUAGCUGUUAUAAACUUAUAGCUGUAGCUGUUAUAAACUUAUACUAUAAACUUGUAAAGUUAUAAACUGCUUACUAACGUCUAUUAAUGUAGAGUUAGUGCUCACCAAGUAAUGAAUUAACAAGAUGCCAAUGCUUAAUAAAUGACUCAUAGUGUGUAGUUAUUAUAAAGUGUUACCUUGUUACCUAAUCUUUGAAAACUGAUGCUGCUGGGUUAACCCAGAAUGCUGCAGACUCCCAAAAAACCAUAGCAAACUCAGAACAACAACAUAAACUUUUAAAAACUCAGAUUGCCUUGAUUAGUCAACAAACAACUGCUGACAAAAAACAAAACAAAAAAAGCUUUGAAAAAAUCAGCAUCUGUUGUCACAAACAGUCACAUUAGACACAACAAUAUAGGCUCCAUUUUAAGCAUUAACUUCUGUGUCAGCCUUGUGUGUAAAUCUAUUACAUAUUUCUAUAUAUAUAAAAAAAAAAACACUAUGUGUUGAUUUAGGCUAACAAAUGCAAAAGCAUGCUUGUACCAACCUUAAAAUGAUUGGCAUGCAUUCAAAUUGACAUUUCUUUCAACUUAGAACAAAAACCACCAUGUAUAUUUUUGUAUAAGACACAAUGAUUGAGGUGGACGACUCUAAACACAAACAUCUUUUCUUGCUCCAUUUGAUGCUCCGAUUCGAUUGUUUAUAAUCCAGACAUGGAUGAUGACGUCCUUUAGUUAAAACAGAACUUCAGUUUGAUGAGUUCAACAUAUAAACAGGCCUUUUCUCAAGUCCUGAAAGUGUUGCUAGAAUGCUGUGUAUAGUGAGUUUUUUUCCUUGUGUGUAAAACAGUAUUUAGAAGUAUUAACUAGUAAUUCUUAACUAGCAUUUAGUUUUGUAAAGCAACAGCAUCUCUCCUUGAAAGUGUCCAUGUCCAUUUAGGGUCUGUGAAUGUAGGAAUGCAUGUACAGUAAUCUUUGCCUUCAAUAGAGAACUGUGAGAAACGCUGCUCAUAUUCACACAAGCGCAAGUCCAUUUCUGUUACCCAUGAGACUAAAGUUCUCUAAAGUACAGCUUUUAUGUUGAUUUUGAGGGGUCAUUUGAUGUUUAGCUGCAAGAACUGAUUAUUUCAGGCAUCAAAUACCAAAAGAAAAGAGAAAAAAAAAGGAUGGUUUUGAUGGACGGUUUACGUGUGCAGUGAUGAUCCUCUUUGCUCAAUGAUUACUUGUAAAUGUACACAUUAUGUAUGGCAUACAGAUAUUUAUACACGUGCUGUAUUUACCGGUUACAAACCAUAUUCCUAAUACCACAUGUAAAUGUAUUUUGUUUGGCACUCAGUAUCUUAGUGCACACUCAUUUUAUUAGUAUUCCGAUGAUGUAAAUUUAUGUUGUUUUGUUUUUCUUGGCAGCAGUGGAAAGAUGGCUCCUGUAUUUGACAUUACCAGCAGACCUUACAUGCUUCUUGUUCAUAUUAUGAAUUGUAAAUUUAGCUGUUGCAAAUACAAGACGUCUGCAAUAUUGUUUUACAAUGCAUACUAAUAUAUUAUGGUUAUUAUAAGAAAAUAUUUAAUGACACAAGACAUUGUGGGUUUUUUUAUGUCUUUUAUUUUUCUUUCUUUUUUUUCUUUUCUUUUUACAGCAGUUUGUGGUUGUUUAGAUGGUUGUGAUUAAAAUCCAGACGGGACGAUAACUACUGAACACCAACCUGGUAGAACUACAUUCAGUAUUCAUUUGGAAUAAAAUCUCAAAAAAUGA